AUAUUCGCGUUCUCGUAAUUAUAAUACGCUAUUCAUUUGUGGUACUGACGAAUAUGGGACUGCCACAAAACAAAAGCUCAAGAAGAAGGAAUCUCGUGUCAAGAACUUUGUGACACAUGCAAAAAUUUACAAGUGGUUCGAUAUAGAAUUCGAUUAUUUUGGCCGAAAUACAACUCAGCAGCAACUGA